AUGGAUAUCUACUGGCCAGAUUACGUGGAAUCUUCAUGUCGUCGAAAUCACACCUACUUUGAUUCAUCUGAUUUCAUGAUAACUGCUUAUCACUGCACAGCUCUUUUCACAAUUCCAUUAUCUAUAUUCACAUUUAUGACUAUCAUUCGAGUGACACCGAGAAAAAUGAAGAAUAUGAAAAUUCCACUUUUGAUUGUUCAUGCUUGGGGCACAAAUUUGGAUUUGCUGCUUUCCUGA